GAAUUGCUUUAUUGAUUUUGGAAAGGAAAAAGCACAGAUUUUCAGGCUGAAGAUCUAUCAAAACUCCACAAUGAUGAUGAUAAUGUCACACAAGAACAGCUCACCUCACAACUCUUAACAUUGCAAAGGAAAAAUCAGGGGAAGAAGAGAAGAGGUAGAAGGGAACAACAAGGGAUUUUCAGGCAAAGGAUCUAAAGUACUCAAAGAAGAGAGGAUAAUGUCAGAGAAGAAGAGCUCACAACUCUUAACAUGCAAAGCGGUGGUGUGUUGGGGAAUGGGGGAGGCACCCAAGCUGGAAGGCAUACAAGUAGAGGCACCUAAACAAACAGAAGUUCGACUGAAGAUGAUCUAUGCCAGUGUUUGCCAUACUGAUAACAUUUUAUGCACUAAAGGGUUCCCAAUUCCACUUUUCCCAAGAGUUCUUGGCCAUGAAGGUGUAGGGGUGGUGGAGAGCAUAGGGGAGGAUGUUACAAGUGUGAAACAGGGAGACUUGGUGAUUCCAACCUAUGUGUCUGAGUGCAACGAGUGCGAAAACUGCUUGUCUGAGAAGACAAACAUGUGCCUCAAACAUCCCUUAACCUUCAGUGGCUUGAUGCUCGAUGGCACUUCAAGAAUGUCUGCCAAUGGACAACUGUUGUACCAUACUUUCUCCUGCUCAACUUGGUCAGAGUACACCGUUGUGGAUGCCAACUUUGUUGCCAAGCUCGGUCCAGCUCCCCCCAACACGCGCCAUGCCAGCUUCCUCUCUUGUGGCUUCACCGCUGGCUUUGGAGCUCCUUGGAAGGAGGCUGCAAUUGAAGAGGGAUCAUCUGUGGCUGUCAUUGGCCUUGGUGCUGUUGGCUUAGGCGCGGUGGAGGGCUCGAGGAUUCGAGGAGCGAGUAGAAUCAUUGGCGUUGACAAGAACCAAAUGAAGAAGGGCAAAGGGGAGGCCUUUGGAAUCACUGACUUCAUAAAUCCUAUUCUUCACUCAGACAAGUCUGUUUCAGAACUCAUCAAGGACUUGACUGGUGGGAUAGGUGUGGAUUAUUGCUUCGAGUGCACUGGCCUUCCACACCUGAUCAAUGAGGCUCUUGAAGCCACAAAAACGGGAAAAGGAAAAGCCAUAACAAUUGGAUUAUCAUAUGUAACAAGUGUUCAAAUCAGCAGUCUUGCUCUGUUGAGUGGCAAAACCUUGAAAGGUUCCAUCUUUGCAGGGCUCAGAGCCAAAACUGACCUUCCUCUUGUGAUUGAAAAAUGGAGAAAUGAGGAAUUUCAGCUUGAUGAACUCUGUACUCAUCAAGUUCAAAUGACAGAUAUAAAUAAAGCAUUUCAACUGCUGGAGCAAGAAGAUUGUGUCAAGGUCCUUAUCAAGAUCUAGUUUGUCUUGGAAAACAAUGUAAUAACAAAGAACUGUUUGUUCUAAUAAAACCUUGUGUUUUAGCUCAUUAUUUGUUUGGACUCUGUGUUUUAAAAA